GUAUAGAUGUCACAUAAUCUUUCCUUCACUACUGUUCCAUUCCCAUAGAUGACGCCACUAUCGAGAAAAUGUAUUUUAUUCCAAUAAUUUACUCUAAAUAGAGAUAUAAUUAUUAAAUUACUUAAAUACAAAUUUUACAAAUAUAUUUCUAGUUAUUUUGUCACUUUAUUUAAAUGUAAGUUUGUUUUUAAUAUAAAUUAAUUUUAUAGGAAACUGUAAAAUGAAUUUAUGCAGGAAGCAACUAAAUAAUCACCUCUCUUUAGACAAUCUUUCAUAGAGGGCAACAUUAGUAUUAGUACAGCCUCUAUAAUACAGAUGUCGCGUCAAUUUUAUUUUCUGUCUCAUUUCAUAUAGCAUUAGAAAAAGAUAGCCAAUUGUCAAUGAAAAACGUUUUUAAAUGUCACUUUUAAAUUUCAUAACAUUAAAAAAAACUGCUCGAAAGUUUAAUGAUAUUGUUUAAUUAUUUAUAAAUUGUCUUUAAUUUUAGAGUGUUUAAUUAUUUUAGGGUAUAAAGCUUGUUUAGAUUAAAACAAACACUAUGGACCUAUUUAAGCAACACAAGGAAAUGGAACAUAAAGUUCAUGAAAACCUAUACAACAACUUAGUGCUUUUAUCGCAUUUUUACCCGACUAGCAAGGAUUUCGAUGCGGUGUUUCGUAAGGAUAUGUUUGUGAAGAACAACAAAGCCGCAUUCUUUCAAGUGAUUCACUAUCUUUUAAAUAGUAUACACCCGGAAAUCACUAAACAGAGACUCACAAGCUGGCCCAUUCACGACGUAAAAUGCGAAGUAAGGUUUCGUAAUGAAGUUAUCGCUUAUAUUAACGAAAUAAAUUCAAUAUAUCCCUAUGCCCAUAUACCUACGUGUCAGGCUUCGACUCUUAUAUCACCUGGUGGAUAUCGGUUUGCUAAAUUCAUGUUGAAAGUAUCUCAGUUCGCGAUAUAUAAACAUCUUGAAAAUUCCGAUCUGACAGGGUUAUUAUAUCCUAUAAAACCAAAUAAUAAAGUGUUUCCCGGCAUGGUUAAAACACAAUUAAAACACUUGAGUACUUUGGUAUCAAACAUCGAGAGUGAAUCUAAGGAAAUUAUAAAAAACUUUGAUGAAAAAUUCGAAGGGAUGAAAAACAAAGGUGAAGAAAUUACAAAAUCCUUAACAAAGUUGAACAAAGAUAUACAUUUAGCUCAAGAGAAUUUCAAAACUAUUCAAACUGAUUUUGAUUUGAAACAUCCUUCAUAUCCUUCUUCGGAAAGUCUGGAAGAAAAAUUACUUGUGAUUAAAGCCGAAGUUCAGAAAAUUGUUGAAAUGAAAAACCUUUUUUCUCAUUGUGAGCAACUGUUAAAAUGCCUCAGCGGUACAGAUUUAUUACUGGAACACAAUGAAGAUUCAUUGCAAGUGCCUAAAGAUAUUGAACACAUUCUUCAGAACACUCGUCAGCUGGAUUUAAUACAAUUUUUUCGUGGAUUGUCAGUAUUGUUGGAAAAAAGAUCAUUGGAACUAUGCGAACCAACCAAAAGUUUUAUUGGGACGACUCUGAAAACUAUAGAGCAGCUUUCUAAGAAAUAUUCUGAUGUCUUGUCACAAUUAGAAGGAUCGGAUGAACAUAUGAACCAUUUGUUUGAGGAAUUGAAGCUUGUGUUGGAUGUAACAGCUUCAGAAAGUGAUAAUAUGUUAGCUGUACCAUUAUUGUAAAUAAAUGUUUUUUGCUUAAUAAAUUAUAUUUUUUAUAUGCUAAAAAUUUCUUUUAUUUUUUAUUA